GUUCGUCUACAAAGAACAGAAUAUACGUUAACCAUGACCAGCCACAGGGAACGAUCCAUCACAUGACCUUCACAGUUGACCCACAGGUGACCGUGACCUCCUUCAAAUGUGACCUCACAUAUGUGACAAAGAUCCCUGCAGAGUUCAUGAAGUUAACCCAUCGAAAUAAGACACUUGAUGAUGAUAGGACGCUACAGGAGCAGGGCGUUAAGCACCAUGACUUUGUUGUACUCACAGACAUUCGACUAAACUGCCCUGUACCUACCCUCACAGUAUAA